CGGCUUUACGUGCCAGUAUAAAAUGGAGCGCGCGCGCCCGCACGUCCUCUUUCACUUGGACCGGAGACGAAAAUGUCUCACCGCAAGUUUUCGGCGCCACGUCACGGAUCUCUGGGCUUUUUGCCCCGUAAGAGAAGCCGCCGUCAUCGCGGCAAGGUGAAGAGCUUCCCUAAGGACGAUCCCAGCAAGCCUGUUCACCUCACGGCCUUCCUCGGAUACAAGGCGGGCAUGACCCAUGUUGUUCGCGAGGUUGAUAGACCAGGAUCCAAGGUUAACAAAAAGGAGGUUGUUGAAGCAGUCACAAUUGUGGAGACUCCCCCCAUGGUGGUGGUGGGUGUUGUGGGCUAUGUCGAGACCCCCCGUGGCCUGCGUUCCCUUAAGACCAUAUUCGCUGAGCACAUUAGCGACGAAUGCCGGCGGCGCUUCUACAAGAACUGGUACAAGUCCAAAAAGAAGGCCUUCACCAAGUACUGCAAGAAGUGGCAAGAUGAUGAGGGCAAGAAGCAGCUGGAGAAGGACUUUGCUACCAUGAAGAAGUACUGCAAGGUCAUCCGCAUCAUCGCACACACCCAGAUGCGCCUCCUACCACUGAGGCAGAAGAAGUCCCACCUGAUGGAGAUCCAGCUCAAUGGCGGCACGAUUGCUGAGAAGGUGGACUGGGCCCGUGAGAAGUUGGAGCAGGCCGUUCCCAUCAACAAUGUGUUCUACCAGGACGAGAUGAUAGAUGUCAUUGGCGUCACUAAGGGUCACGGUUACAAGGGUGUGACGAGCCGCUGGCACACAAAGAAACUUCCUCGCAAGACUCACCGUGGUCUGCGCAAGGUGGCCUGCAUCGGUGCCUGGCAUCCUGCCCGCGUGGCCUUCUCUGUUGCCAGGGCUGGGCAAAAGGGCUACCACCACCGCACUGAGAUUAACAAGAAGGUCUACAAGAUUGGACAGGGUUAUCACACCAAGGAUGGCAAAGUGAUCAAGAAUAACGCCUCCACUGACUACGAUCUCUCCAACAAGAGCAUCAACCCGCUGGGUGGUUUUGUCCACUACGGUGAGGUGACCAAUGACUUCCUGAUGUUGAAAGGCUGUGUGGUGGGCACCAAAAAGAGGGUCUUGACCCUGCGCAAGUCUUUGCUGGUGCAGGCCAACCGCCGUGCCAUGGAGAAGAUCGACCUCAAGUUCAUCGACACCACCUCCAAGUUUGGUCAUGGGCGCUUCCAGACUAUCGACGAGAAGAAGGCUUUCAUGGGACCCCUCAAGAAGGACCGCAUUGCCAAGGAAGAGACUGCCUGAGUGUCCUGCAAUCUUCAGCCUGCAGAUGGAGUUGUGUAGCACUGCAGAGUGGUUUAAUAAAUGUUUGGAAAAAAAA